AUGCCGGGCCUGCGCCUGCGGCACCGUGGCCUGGGCCCGCGGGGUGCCAAGGCUUUAGCUCUUUCCUUGAUGGUCGAUACCUCUGUCCUUACAUUAGACCUGAGUGACAACUGGCUGCAAGGAGAAGGGGCGGCUGCAAUUGCAGAGAUGCUGAAAGAAAACUGCUAUGUUUCAGCUGUUGAUUUAUCUGACAACAAAUUAGGUGUUGAAGGAGCUAAGGCCUUUUCUGCUAUGCUGCUAGAAAAUACUACAAUUGUGUCCCUCCAGCUCUCAGGAAAUGAAUUUGAUGAUCAUGCAGCAAAGUAUUUAGCAGAUGCCAUCACAGCAAACAGCAAAGUGGAAAUUCUCGAUCUGAGUUACAACAUGUUCGAUGACAAAGCAGGUGAGAUUCUUGGAAUGGCAAUAGCAGAAAACAUUGGAUUAAAGGAACUUAAAAUCAGCUGGAACCAUUUCCAUAGCCAGGGGGCAGCUGCCUUGGCCAAAGGCUUGGGGGCAAACACAUUCCUCAAAGUGCUGGAUGUUUCCUACAAUGGCUUUGGCAACAGCGGAGCAGCUGCCUUGGGGGAGGCUCUUAAAGCCAACAAUGUGCUGGAAGAGCUCAACAUUGGCAACAACCGUAUUUCAGUGGAAGGAGCUCUGCACAUUGCAGCUGGCCUGAAAGAAAACAAGACUCUGAAAAGACUUAAUAUGACCAGAAAUCCCAUGCAGAGUGAAGGCUGCUGUGGGGUCCUCAAAGCUCUGCAGGCAAAUUCUGGCACUGGCAUAGAGAUCCUGGACUUGCCAUGCAGUGAGGAGCUUGCAUGA